CGAAAAAUGUUCGCAUUUCAACCUGAUCAUUUUCAAGUUUCUUUCACACUGAAAUGAAGUGCAUGACUCAGGUCACACUCCUGCAUCCUUAUGUGACAUAUGAUCUGAGUUGUCCUGAAAAAAUAGAUGUUAUGGACUGUGAUUGUUUUUCAAAAGGAAAAAGCAAAGGUGUGAAACAAAAAUCAGUUUCCAGCAGCUGUUGGUGGUAAAGUGUCCAGUGCCCACCACAGCCAGAGAGAAAGGUCAGUGUAAAUCAAGUUAUUACCAUUAAUAAUAUAUUGCAUUGUUUUUCUUAAAUUUCAUCAUCCUGUUUUAAGUGUUGUUUACCUGAUACUCACGCAGUCAUGAGCACAUCAGGACUGAUCCAAUGUGAUUGUAGAAUGUCUGCAUUUUAUGUAGUUUACAAGUGUUUUCGUGCUACCUGUCAAAAUCACUUUAAACCAUUUAAAUAAUUUUAAAUCACUUUAAACCACGUUGUCUUGAAAGGUGUAAACACUGUUUUAUUGACUUUUAAUACAAUUAGUAUUUCUAUAGAUUUUAAAAUUAGAAAUGUUUAUAGUAUUAUACAGCAAGUUUUUUAGAGUAUAUACUAACCGUUAACGUUCAUGUUACUAACCUGUCUGUUUUGCCUUUUUGUUAUUUUUGUUUUUGUAUGUAAGCUGCUGAAUAUUUUGAAUUUCCCUCGGGAUUAAUAAAGCGUCUGUCCGUCGAGUCGUCGGAUCCUCUUGAUCCUCAUCAGGGUCAUGGGGGGCUGGAGUCUAUCCCAGCUGACUGCGGGUGAAGGCAGGGGACACCUGGACAGGGGGAGGUGGUGCACUGGCUGGCCUGUUGGCUGGAUGCAGCCUGCAGGAAGGGCUCCACUCCCACAGUGGGUAAAGGACUGAUGGAGGGAGGAUCCUUCACUCGUCCAAACUCAGACAUAAAAUAUAAUGAGGCGAAACGAGAGUGGUGUCUUUCAAUGUGUUUACUUCUGAACUGCCAGACCAGACUGCCAAACAUGGGGUAACAGGCAUCCCAUAAUACCUUGCGCAGGUACUUCUUAAAGUGACCAUAACACUGUUUUAUACAUUACAAAUAUCAAUAUUGUAUUACUCAUAUGUGACAUCAAGUUCAGUGUUCAGCUAGCAGUGCCUUAAAAAAAUAAAUCCUAACAUGUCCUUGUCUCAGUCUGAUCCAGUUCUUCUCUAAGAUGAGGAAGUGGGCCGACAUGUCCAACCUCUCGCGGGACUUCAGGCUACAAAUGGAUGGCUGGAGCGAAACUUUGAGGUCUCCACCGUGAUCUUCCGCAAGUUUGAUGUCUUGAUUUAGUAAUGAGUCGUGGCCCCUCCAGUCAGGAAGCAGCAGCGGAGAGCUCUCUGGAUCAGGAGAGGCCCAGGCCGAGGCCCUGUGGUGGGGACACCACCUGCAGGUGGCGCUGGUCAACACGGUGGCCUUCAGGGGCAUCUGGCAGAAGCAGUUUCUGUUCACCAACUCCCAGAACCUGCCCUUCAUCCUGUCUGAUGGGACUCCCAUCAAGGUGCCCAUGAAGUACCAGGCUGCAGAGGUCAGCUUUGGUCAGCUCAGGACGGGAUCGGAUCAGCGCUACACGGUUCUGGAGCUGCCGUUCCUGGGCCGCUCCCUGAGCCUGCAGGUGCUUCUACCCAGCGAGAGGAAGACGCUACUGUCCUCCCUGGAGGCUCAGCUCACACAGCGCCACCUAGCGUCCUGGGACACCGGCCUGCGCAGAACCAGGAUGGACAUCUUCCUCCCAAGAUUCAGAAUGCAGAACAAGUUCAACCUGAGGUCGGUGCUCCCCGCUAUGGGCAUCAGCGACGCCUUCAACCCCACAGCAGCCGACUUCACCGGGAUCUCAGUGGAGGAGGGUCUCUAUGUGUCUGAUGCCUUCCAUGAAGUCAGGAUAGAAGUCACGGAGGACGGGACCAAAGCAGCUGCUGCUACUGGGAUGGUCCUCCUCAAAAGAUCCCGAGCUCCAGUUUUCAAAGCAGAUCGGCCGUUCUUAUUUCUACUGCAACAGGUUCACACAGGUAUUUACUUCACAUCAUACAGAUGUUUUCAAUGUUUUAGUCUAGAAAAGCACCCUAGUCAGGGUAUGCUGUUUGACAUUUUAGUUUUAGUAUGAAAAUAAAUAGAUCUUUGAAUGAGUUGCACUGAUCAGACACUACAGAAAUACUCAGUGGAGCAGACAGGUUUGAGCUGAGCAUCAACAGGUGACCUAUCCUUGAGCUCCUGGAGGGUUUUUGUGAACAGAAGCUUUGGAACACGUGUGUGAAUUACUCCUGUUGGACCUUCUCUCUCAGAAGUUUAAAAAUGAAAUUAAUAAAUAAUCUGUUUCUGUUCUGUGAUUCAUGUUCAGUGGUGAAAUAAAAAAACAUCCAGGAAACUUUUCUACAUUGAUGCAACGUUUCCCAGAGCUUCAUCUGAUGACCUGAAACAGAACUGACCUGCUGAUGGAGGACCUGUUGAAGAACCCUAACUCUGUAACUGAUGAAGAUAAAGAAGAAGGUUUUCCUGUCAGGUGUAACUGAUGAUGAUGAAGGUUUUCCUGUCAGGUAUAAUUGAUGAAGAUGAAGGUUUUCCUGUCAGGUGUAAAUGAUGAAGGUGACGAUGGGGGACGACUGGGGGACCCUGACGGGGUGAGCUGGUGUCUUCAUUUGCACAACUGACUUCCCCUCUUGGACGUCCCUUAGUUCUGCCCCUAGUUCUGCUGCUACAGGCCUAGGCUGCUGGAGGACCUCUCUGGAUGCACUGAGCCCUUCUCUAUCUAGCAUUAUAUACAAUGGUAUACCAUAAAUAUAUGUUCCAUUAUUGCAUUACACUCACUCUGUUUCUCCCUGUGUCCUUUCUCCGAGUGUCCCUGAUCCCAGAGCUGGAUGCUUCAGAUCUGUGGUGGUUCUCCCACCAACUGGCCUAAUCUCCAUCUGUGGGAUGCUGCUGCUGCUGACCUUCCUCCAGCCCACUGCUUCCAGCUGCCCAUUUCCAUCAAUCUACUCUGCAUCACCCUCACUAUACUUGAUUUGCUGGUCUACAUAUUUUUGAAUUUACCACCAGCUAUAUAUGUAGUAUAUUUAAUGCCAGAGCCAUACACCAUAGCAGUAAACUAUAAUCAGUUUCCAGCCCAGAGGGAUAUAUGCACAGAUUUUUUUAAAUACCAUGUAGAAGACUAUAUACAGGAAGAUGAGGUAUCAGUUCUUGCACAUAGAUAUACAACAGUCCUUUAUUACUCCCCAGGUCAGGGGAAAUUUCCAGUGUUAGAGCAGCAAAAAUCUUUCAGAGCAGCACUAACUACAGUUUACUACAGUAAAGAUAAUAAUUAUAAUAACAAUAAUAUAUACAAGAAUGAAAAAUGAAUAAAUACCGUAUUACUACACUAUAAGUGACAUCAGCAUAAAGUGGCUUGUGGAAUACAUGUAAUUGUAAAAGUGCAGAAAAUGAUUUUCUCAAAACAGGUGAGUCCUGUGAAUAUGACCAAAAUAUGAGAUAAAACUACCAGAAACAUGUACAAAAUGAGCAAAAUAUGAUUGGUUGAUGAUGUAUCAGUGUUGUUAUUGAUUAUUGAUCGGUUGCAGGGACAGAGAUUUGUGUCUUGAGUCUCUGCUGUCAUCUAAUCCCUCUCAUGUAAGAUCAUGUCACAGGAGGGGGCGCUACUGACCUCUUGUGGACACAGGCGGUAACGACACGACAUUAUUACUAACUGUAUAGCUUGCGACAUUACAGGUGAGCAGCACUUCCUGUUCAUCUUCAACGUAAAAGCAUCUUUCUUUCGUGUACAUUUCAUGUCAAACGUAUUGCUAAGCGAUUUAGGUCGAUUCAGAAGGAUCUCUGGUGUAAACCAAGUCGUAUUUAACGACAGCUAGCUUCUCCACUUGCUCCGAUUACUUUUGUUGUAGUCUGAGUCACGUCCAAACAGGAAAUGAAUCCACAAUGUAGCUAAUGACAAUCUAUAGCUGCGUCUGUGAUGGCAGCGUUAGCGAGCUAGCAGCUAAUCAGAAGCUAGUGACAAGCUAACUCCAGCGCUACCAGCAGCGUCUCUUUAAAAGGUGCUGAUCACGAUAUCAGGCUGAAACAUUAGACCCGGGACAGGAAACGGAGCUAGAGCUCUGUGUCUUGGAGAGAAUUGAUUUUAGAAUUACACGUGUUAAGGUAUUAGUCCGUGUCAUAACAAACCCUCGUUAGCACUUCCGCUAGCUCGGCUAACACUUCCGGUCACGAAUGCAUUUGUACAUUACCUAUAACGUGUUCAUUUUUGAACGUAUAGUGACAACAAACACAAUCUGAGGGAGUCGACAAGC